UUGAGCAUAAUAAUGUCUGCGAUCAGGCAAGUCGGUGGCGCUACCGCUACGGGCGCUACUGGGCAAUACUGUACUGGACGCUGGUAAGAUAUCACCUCUGCAACAGCUGUGCCUGGCUGGAGUAGGGCAAGGGCCCACGGCCCACCCUUUUCUCUCAAUCCAUAGCUUUAGUGUUAUUGUUGUACCUACUUGUUUCAUUUCAACCAAGUUGAAAACUUAUGAAGUUUUUCAUUUGAAUAUUAUUUAUUUACUUAUUACCUAUACAUCAGCUAACGAUUUCGCGGAUUGACUGUUCCGUUCCAUUAUAGUAAACGAAAAUCCCUGCCAAGACCUUGGCACGUAUAAUAAUAUAAGUAAGAGGGAAAAGGCGAAAAAAAGGAUGGGUUUGAUAAAAGUUCCAUAUAGCUGUGGGAAAUAUAAAUAAAGCCCAGGAAAUAUAUAAGGAGCGGACUCGAUGGCAAAUUAUAAUUUUUAAACGUUCAAAUUUUUGCUGCAUCAUAACAUAAUUACACUACAUACCGAUAGACACGUACAUCAGGCGUAAUAUCGAGGCCGAAAAGGACGUGAUAAAUGAGGAAAUCCUGCAAAUUAGGAAAUGACCGUCUGAAUCGGUCGCAAUUGCACAGUCAGCGCAUCGCUUCUUUGUUUAGCGGAUGCAUCUUUACGGAUGUCCGCAGGUUCUAAUGACAGUCCGCACAGCUAGUUGUUAAUCCGGCGGACGUGUAUAUAAGAUCGACACUUUGCCGAGCAUCAACGACAGUCUUGGCUUGCGCUGUUUUUCAAGAAAGUGUAAAUCGCAUCUUUGGUAAAGAAGGAAAAAAAAAAACGUAAAAUGAAGAGCCUGCUGCUGUGCUUCUUGGUCGUGAUCCUCGGCGUCACCAAAGUCAAGUCCAAUGAAAUUCCCCAAGAAAUUCAAGCCAUGGUAGUCGGAGUUCGCGACAAAUGCCACCGAGAAACCGGAGUCGAUAUUGAGCACGUCGACAGAACAGUGGAGGGAUACUUUCAUCCUAGCGAGCUUCUUGGCUGCUACUUUUCCUGCAUCUUCAACCACUUUAAUCUUCUCGACAAUGAUGGCCACUUGGAUUGGGUGAAAGUAGUCAACGUGAUUCCCCCCUCGUUCAAGGAUCACGCCGACGAGAUGAUCGCGGCGUGUAAAACUACGACUGGAAAGGAUCCCUGCGAUUCGGCCGUUAAUAUCGUCCAAUGUUUCCAGAAAACUAACCCCGCGGUUUACAAGCUGGGCAAAAAAUUCAUCCUGGAUUUGGGAAUGUUCAAUCCACACUGAUCGGGCGAAAUGCUCUUAAUUUUAAUAUCAAAAAAUAUAUAGGACUCUUAAUAAUAUCUUAUAAAUAAAAAGCUUUGUGCGCAUGCAUCAGUCGUAAAGCGGAUUUUUGUUAUUAUAAAGAAUAUAUAAACGCUGAAA